AUGGCAAUAAACGAAAAGCUGGAGGAAUAUUCGAGUCAGAAACACGACGACCAUGAAGGACCGGAAUACCUUCCUCCUCCACCGUCAUACUACGAGAAUGCGCCGGACCGUUUCGUGGGCGGUAUGCGGCGCCCUUCUGACGAAAAGGGUUCUCGUCCUCCCCAUGGCUCACAGUAUAAUACCCCUUACAACAGUUCUCCUUCCGGUACGACCGCUCGAGGUCUGAACGACCAAUAUUUCAGUCCACCCGCCUCUGCGCCUCCAUAUCAAAACCAAUACGCCGCACCGUCCUACCCUCCACCGGAUAACCCACAAUACCUUCGUCCCACCCAAUCAUACUCCGGUCCCUCUACCUCCAACCCUCACCAUUCCUACUCUCCCUCUACUCCUUCAUCUCCCAACCUUCGUCCAUCUACGUCUCACACGCCUUCCGCAGACACGACCAAUUCCGCCUACCCAGGCUUUACCUACGCUGGAAAAGCUCCCGCCCAGCGCGAUCCCUUCAACCCCCCUCCGUCCUGCUUCUCUCGUACACCACCUCCACCUUCUCCAACUACACCAUACACUCCUCUCCCCCACAUGCUGCGCAUCCGCUCCGCAAACGCCUCCGACCUAGCCUCCGGCUUCCUCCCCAUAUUUCCCUCCCCACCUCUCCUCAUCGCACACGACGUCCAGCCCUCGGACGUCUCCCGACUGCUCGAAGACUGUCACCUCAUGGGCAAACUGAGCGUCGGGCAGCACGUCGUGAGUGGCGUCGCGCCGAUCCUGAUGCACUUGGGAUUCGCUGGUUUUUUCGUAGGGAACGCGAUGAAGAAGGGUAUGAAGAGGAGAAAGGUGGAGAGUGUGAAGGAUCUGGUGAAAGUCUGGGACGACGAGUUCUUUAGGCCUAGGGGCUUGAGGAUUUGGGUGCAGAGGGGGGAUAUGGCUGGGACGCCGGGUGGGAUGGGGAUGGCACCGGGGAUGGCACCUGGGAUGGGCAUGAACAUGAACGGUGGUGGGAUGGGCUACGGUCCCGGUCCUGCUCCAGGGAUGCGUCCGACUCGCGAACAGUGGCGAGCAAGUGGAAGACACGACGCAGACUACGACAGCUCUAGCUCUUCAGACUCGUCGGACUCGGACUCGGACUCCGGACAUGGCCACAAAGGGAAGGGCAGGGCUGACGAACACGCUCACGGACAUGGUGAUAUGGGUAUGGGUGGCGGUCGGCCGGGCAUGGGCAUGGGUCCUGGUUUCGGUGGUGGUCUAGGAGGCCGGAUGGCUAUGAGCGAAACCAUGUUUGAUCGUCGUACGGAGAUGAUGGGUGGCGGCGGGGGUCGAGCUGGAAUGAUGGGCAUGGGUAUGGCGGCUCCCAUGAGCCGCCGUGAGGCGAAAUGGGAACGUCGAGAGAUGAAACGGGAGAUGCGUAGCGAAAGGAGAGAGAUGAAGCGCGAGAGGAGGGGGGAGAGGAGGCAGGAUAAGACGGAGAGGAGGGCGAUGAAGAGGGAGAGGAAGGUUAUGAGGAGGGUGGAGAGGACGGGCCCCGUCUACCUCGUUAUCGCCAAUGCUUGA